AAAUAAUAAAUAGGUAGAAUGCAUAUAAAUGUAUUCUAAAAAUAAGUUGGCAUACAUUUGUUUGCAUCAGAUUUCAGGCGGCAUUCACAAACGAUUUAAAGCAUCCUAAAACUAAAUUGAAAGUAAUUUACAAAUCAAACUAAAUUGUGACUAAUUGAUUGUAUACAUUCAAAAAUAUGUUAUACAAUUACAUCGAUUAGUCAUAUAACAUCCAAAGUUGCAGAGAUUUAAACUUUAGAGCAACUUUGGCCUGUCGACCUUGUCACGCCCAAUACUUCAGUGCUAUAUAAACGGCUCUUAAGACAUACAAUGCAUCAGUUGUGCAGUUCACAUAAACACAUCAAUAUGUACUCUAAAAUCGUUGCCUUGAGCGCGGUGUUAGCUGUGGCUGCGGCUGGUCUCCUGCCCGCGGCGCACUACUCCCCGGCUGCCGCCGUCUCCUCCCAGAACAUCGUCCGUCACGAUGAGGGACACCAGAUCACCCACAGCGCCGCCCCGGUCGCCUACGCCGCAGCUCCCGCUCACUACGCUGCCGCUCCCAUCCACUACGCCGCCGCCCCCACCCACUACGCUGCUGCUCCCGUCCACUACGCCGCUCCCGUCGCCAAGGUGAUCGCACCAGCCCAGAAGGUCCUUGUAUCUGCUCACGCUGAGGAAUACGCUCACCCCAAAUACGACUUCUCCUACUCCGUUGCUGACGGCCACACCGGCGACAACAAGUCCCAGCAGGAGUCCCGCGACGGUGACGCCGUCCACGGCGAGUACUCUCUAGUGGAGGCUGACGGCUCCGUGCGCCGCGUGCAGUACACCGCCGACGACCACAACGGCUUCAACGCGGUCGUCACCAACUCCGCUCCCGCUCACGCCGCGCCCGCUCACGUGGCUCACGCUCCCGUGCUCCUCGCUCACCACCACUAAGCAGUACCGAUGAUGGCGAUUAGUAUUUAAGGAAACGACUUUUGUAAAUAGUGUGUAUUUAUUUAUGAAUUUAUAAUGAAAAUAAAACAAGCAAGUUGUUAAAAGUA